CAAUCUGGGUCUGGGACGCGGAAGUUUUCAAAAAAAAAUGAUUCAAAGAUAAGAGAAGCCCCGGGAUUUGCAGAACCACCGGCGGCGAGUCUGAAUCUCCGAGACCGACAAAUUUACCCUCUUCCUCUUCUCCAAUUUCUAGGGUUUACUCUUAUUCCUUGUUUCACUCUGGAUGGAAGGGUGAAGAAACCCUAGAUUUCAGAGUGUGAGGAUCAAAAACCUUCGUUUUAAGAUGUUCAUGGAGGAGGCGACAAGCAAUGGUGAUUGUACAGAGAUUAAUCAGCGAAAUUGUUUGGUGGACAGUGAAGCCCUGAAUAAUUGGAGUGCAGGAGGUAGUGCUAUGGCUAAUUCUGCCAAUGCCAGUUCCAGAGAUACCAAGAAGAUUCAAACAUAUAAGCGGAGAAAACUUGGGAGAUCUUAUUCCUCGAAUAAAUGUUCAGAUAAUGAUAUAAUGUCCAUGGAAGGUGUUAGUCACUCAGGAAGCCGGGAGUCCAUCUCUUGUGAAUUAUAUAAUCAAAGGUUCAGUAUAGGAACUCAUCUUUCUGGUGAACUCCCAAAGCUUUCCAAUCCAGAUAAACCAUCAAGCGAAUCCAAGUAUGAGACCGCGACAGCUGGGUGCCAGCAUGUUCUGUCUCAUGUUUUAGCUUCAAAGGAGUUUGCAUCCCUAAAUAAGUUGCUUUCAGAAAAUCUUCAAGGGGUCAAGAUUGAAGACCUUUCAAGCAGAGCUCUGAUAGACAUCAGGAUGAAAGAAGGUGUUUAUGAAAGUUCACCUGUGCUCUUUUCAACGGAUCUUCAAGAGGUCUGGCAAAAAAUACAGGAUGUUGGUAAUGAUAUGGCUGUUCUUGCUAAUAGUCUCUUGGAGCUUUCAAGAACCUCCUAUAAUGAACAGUUGAAGCAGUUCUACACUGCGGAAUCGAAGCCUCAUCCCAAUGCAGAGGACAUCAGAAAUGACAGCGUUUAUGAUAUUUGCAAGCUAUGUGGAGAGAAGGCAGCGCCAAGAGAUUGUUUAGCAUGUGAUCAUUGUGAAGAAAUGUACCAUGUCUCAUGUGCACAUCCUGGUGGGAAAGGGAUGCCGACACACAGUUGGUAUUGUCUAAACUGUACAUCUAAGGGAAUUGGAGCACCUCACGAGAAUUGUGUAGUGUGUGAAAGGAUGAAAACCCAAGGGAUGAUGAAGAUGGAUAACAUAAGUGUUGAUACGAGUACAGAGUGCAAAGAAGAUUCAAACGAAUCUGAAGAGAAUUCAAGCUGUAACAUGAAUCAUGGGGUUCACCACGUAGAGAUGCAUAUAAAUUCUGAACUCUGUAGGACCUGUGGAACAAAAGUGGAGAGUGGCGGAAAGUACAUAACUUGUGAUCACCCUUUUUGCCCACACAAGUAUUACCACAUCAGGUGCUUGACUUCAAGGCAAAUAAAGCUACACGGUGUUCGUUGGUAUUGCUCGUCGUGCUUAUGCAGAAAUUGCCUAACUGACAAGGAUGAUGAUAAAAUCGUCCUAUGUGAUGGGUGUGAUGAUGCAUAUCACAUUUAUUGCAUGAGACCUCCAUGUGAAUCGAUUCCAAGUGGAGAAUGGUUUUGCACAACAUGUAAAGCUGCAAUUCUUAAAGUCCGCAAAGCGCGAAAGACUUUUGAGAAAAAGAUGGAGACGGUGGAGAAAGAUAAAGGAAGAAAAACAGGGAAUCUCGAGAGCAAACCGCGAAGUAAAGGCAAUGGAGAAUUGGAUAAAAGCGUAGGAGGAAUGGACAUGCUUCUAAACGCAGCUGACACACUGAAAGAUGAAGAACAGAUGACAUUCCAAUCCACCAAAUAAAGGAUUGGAAUCGAAAACUGACAAACAAUACAGCUUCUUGUCUCACAAGAUUUUUUUAAUUUGUUCAUCUUUCUAAAAAUCAAAACUUUAAUAUUUUGAUUCUUCUCUACAAAAGUUGUGUUCGUUUGGAAGACAAGAUUCUGAUGAUAAACCCUUCUUAGAUUGUAUUUUCUUAAUCAACAGUGCAUUUAUAAUGAAA